CGGCCGCACGGCGGCCAAUGGGAACGCGGAUUACUGGCACGGCGGGCCGGAUAAGAGGCGGCGUCACGUGAUCGCGGGCCUCAGUCAGCGGCGGUGCGGCAGGAUGGUUUUGUUACAUGUGUUGUUCGAACAUGCUGCUGGCUAUGCAUUGCUGGCAGUUAAAGAAGUUGAGGAGAUCGGCUUGCUUCUUCCUCAGGUGGUGGAGAGUAUGCUGACCGCUGGCAAAUUCAACAGUAUUGUUAAACUAGUGGCAUUUUCACCGUUUAAGUCUGCUCAAGGUGCCCUUGAAAACAUGAAUGCUGUUUCUGAAGGUAUUGUUCACGAGGACAUGAGGCUCCUGCUGGAGACAAACAUGCCUGCUUCCAGCAAGAAGAGGAAGGUGAUCCUGGGCGUGGCAGAUCCUAAAAUUGGAGCAGCGAUCCAGGAGGAAAUUGGCAUCCAGUGUCAAACUGGAGGGGUGGUGGCAGAAAUCCUUCGAGGGGUGCGGCUUCAUUUCCACUCGCUGGUGCAGGGUCUGUCUGCACUAUCUGCAGCCAAAGCCCAGCUAGGUUUGGGGCACAGCUACUCUCGGGCCAAAGUGAAGUUUAAUGUGAACCGUGCAGACAAUAUGAUCAUCCAGUCUAUCAGCCUGUUGGACCAACUGGACAAAGACAUCAACACAUUCUCCAUGAGAGUCAGAGAGUGGUAUGGAUACCACUUCCCAGAGCUCAUCAAGAUUAUUGCAGACAACUAUACUUACUGUCGACUAGCAAAACUAAUUGGGAAUCGCAAAGAGCUAUCUGAGGAGAGCCUGGACUCCCUGGAAGAGAUUGUAAUGGACAGUGCCAAAGCCCAGGCCAUCCUUGAUGCAGCACGCAGUUCUAUGGGUAUGGAUAUCUCUCCAAUCGACCUCAUUAACAUCGAGAGCUUCUCUAACCGAGUGGUAUCUCUGGCUGAAUACAGAACUACUUUACAGGAUUACCUGCGCUCCAAGAUGAGCCAGGUGGCACCCAAUUUGGCAGUCCUCAUUGGGGAGGUGGUGGGUGCCCGUCUCAUCUCGCACGCAGGCAGCCUGACGAAUCUGGCUAAGUACCCAGCCUCAACGGUGCAGAUUUUGGGUGCAGAGAAAGCUUUGUUCAGAGCUCUGAAAACCAGAGGAAACACUCCCAAGUACGGCCUCAUCUUCCACUCGACAUUCAUUGGCCGAGCUGCAGCAAAGAACAAGGGCAGGAUUUCCCGUUACCUGGCCAACAAGUGCACAAUAGCAUCAAGGAUUGACUGCUUCUCAGAAAUACCCACUAGUGUUUAUGGAGGCAAGCUUCGAGACCAGGUUGAAGAACGGUUGGCAUUCUAUGAGACUGGUGAAGCUCCUCGCAAAAACAGCGAAGUUAUGAAGGAAGCUGCCACUGAGGCAGCUGAAGUGGCAGCAAAACUGAAGAGAAAGAUGGAAAAGAAAGAGAAAAGGCGAAAGAAGAGAGAGAAGAGAAAGCUGGAAGGCCUGGCUGCUGAGAAAGGACAGGAGGAUGAGGAGGAGCAGCCAGCUACAAAGAGAGCCAAACUGGAGAGUGAGGAAAAUGGAGAUAUAGAAGUGGAGGUGAAGAAAAAGAAGAAGAAGAAAACUGAUAAUGAGGAACUGAUGCUUGACAAUGUGUCAAACGGUGUCCAGGAAACAGUUGUCCCAAAGAAGAAGAGGAAGCAGCUUGUGGCUGAGGAGAAAGAGGAACCAGUGACUCCUGUGUCAGACAAGAAAAAGAAAAAGAAAAAGAACAAAGCUGAGUAGGGGGAUGCUGAAACUACCCUCUUAACCCCCUUGGGAACUGGUUUAAAAUGACUUACUUUUAUAUAAAUAUUUCACUUUGAUCGUUCGGUUUGUGUGCUUCCUGUUGUGCGUGUAAUGAGACCUGUGUCAUUACCAGGGCCUUGGGGCUGAGUGUGGGGGAGCUUUCAUACUCCCUAUUCCAUCGAGGGUUAUUCCUGCUGAGUGUUGUUUGAGGCACGGCCUUACAUCCAGUUGCUCCGUGGAGGUAUCACUUGAAUUUGUACAACACAGCUUUACCAGGAACAAAAACAAAGUUGCUGGAAAAGCUCAGCAGGUCAUUCAGCAUCUGUGAAGGAGAAAACAGUUAACGUUUCGGGUCUGGUGACCCUUCUUCGGAACAGCUUUUCCGGGGACUGGGGUUUUCACCACAAAUGUCUUGAUAUGAUGGAUUCAGUCCUGGCAUUAUGCUGGUCAAUACCGAUAGAAAGGAUUCACUGUUAGGCUGCGGGUCACACUGGUUUGCUGGCCUGAAAUUAAUGUCCUGUGUUGCCCUUUGGCUGAUCUGGUGGAGCAAGGACUUGGUGAAACUCCAGCGCUGUUCAACUUGGAAAUUGUAUAUAUGUACAGUUAUUAAAUUUCUGUCUUGCACACUGGAUUUGUCAUUUAAGAUUUGUGCCAGUCAGCAUCUUGUAUGGGGGGUGAUAGGCUCUUGCAUUGUUUUUGCUUGAAUGUGGUGGAGGGGACACAAUGGACUUUAUCUGUGCUGUAUAGAAUGAUAAAAGGAAUAGGAUGUUUUGCCGCUUUUCUCUAUCUGCCUUUCACUUCGCUGUCUCUACUGACUGGGACAAUGCUAAAAAGGCUAGCAAUCUUCACAAUCAUUCCUUGUCUUAAAUAGGAGGCUCCUUUUAUUGUAAUUCAAGGUAAGACAGGACAAGCUAUUUUCCCAAAUGAAAACUGGGUAUGAUUGGUUUAUUUGCAGUUAGUUAAUGUGGUUAGUCACUGAAACAUUUACACAAGGUUACAUAUAUUCUUUAGCAGAACACAAGUUUAUCACAAGAAAGAGCAAGGCUAUACAAGAUCAUGGUUUUUAGUGCAUGUUAAUACAGACAGCAAAACAGAUUUUUACCCUCUGAUCUUCUACAGUACUCUUGACAAUUUUACAGUUCUGUUUGAGCUCUGGUGUCAAUUUUUCAUAAUUCUGAUGACCUGAACAUUUUCAGUUCUUCAAACUUCCAGUCUGUUCAGCUUGGAAGCUUCAAAGCUAAAACUGCUUCAGCUAGGGUGACUAGUUACUCUGAACUGAAGAACUUAAUUUACCUGCUUGAAGAAAAUUAUUCUCCCUUUUGAACUGAAGUCAAAACAUAAACUAAUUGCCUCUGGUCUGUUUGCAAAUUAAGCAGUAAAAUAUUCCUAUCUGUUUAGACCCUCUAGAUAUUGUUACCCUGUCAACACUGGACUGAGAUCACCAUUUCAAAUCCCCUUUACCUUUGUAGAGUUAACUACAAUAAAUCUACCUCUAUUUUAAAACUCAAA